UUUUCUUUGGUCGUCCGCUCAACUGUUGUUUCUGUGGAAAGUGCGGUGAAUUUUAAUCGUAAUGGCGGAUCGGAGAAAGGUAUUAAAAAGACAUCAAAUUGAAAAUGCGCUUCAUGAGAUGUUUUCGUCGGAGGACGAAAGUGACGAACAUGACAAUGAUUAUACUGAUUAUGUCCCAAAAUCACUGAACGCAAGGUUAAACGAUAUUCAAGGUAUGUCUAAUCGACAGUUAUUACUAUUAGACGGCGAUGCACGUCAGUCUUACGAAGAAUCACCUAACGAGGAAGUUUCACCUUGUUUUGCACUGUCUGUACCAUCGCCUGGCUUUCCUGAAGUGCUUGCACCCGCUGUUGAUGAAGAAAUAGCACCUUAUGUUCCAUUGUCUGCACCAUUGCCUGACUUUCAUAUUCACCCUGAAAUGUUUGCACCUGCUGUUGAUGAAGAAAUAUCCCCUUGUGUUCCAAUGUUUGCACCAUUGCCUGACUUACCUACUCACCCUGAAAUGCUUGCUCCUGCUGUUAACGAAGAAAUGGCACCUUGCAUUACAAUGCCCGGACCAUCUUCUGGCUUACCAGCUAAUAUUCCAACUUAUGCUGAAUUGCAGGCACGGGAUAGAACAUGGACUACAGAUGUUGAAAAUUUUGACGAGUUAAAUUUCGGCAAGGAAAUUGAACCUACUAAAUCAUAUAGCUAUCAAAGUCUUCCCAUUGAAUAUUUUAGUAACUUGUUCCCUGAUGAGAUUUUUGAAAUGAUCGUCGAAUACACAAAUAAAUACGCGAAGUUGAAACAAAGUAAAUUCUGGAGCGACACCCACGUAGACGAAAUAAAAGCAUUCCUAGCUAUAAUCAUUUUAAUGGGAAUAAAUCCUCAGUCAGAUAUAGAGCUGUAUUGGAGUGCAGAUCCUUUUUAUAAUAACAUAGAGAUUAGUGGCACAAUGACCUGCAAGAUUCAAAAAAAAUUUAGAAAAUUUACAUGUUUGCGACAUUACAGCUCACCUGCCCCGGGAUCACAAAGACCACGACAAAUUGCAAAAAGUAAGACCAUUACUAGAUUAUCUCAACAGGACUUAUCAAGAAAAUGCCACCAACUCGGAAUUUCAAUCAGUGGAUGAAAGUAUGAUUAAAUUUAAAGGGCGUGAUAGUAAGAAGCAGUACAUGCCAGCCAAACCCAUCAAAAGAGGUUUUAAGGCAUGGUUUCGUUGUGAUUCUAAAACUGGUUAUCUAUAUCAGUGUGAUAUUUAUACAGGCAAAGACCAAACACUCAAUGAGGAAGGAUUAGGUUACAGAGUUGUAAUGAGGAAAUUUACCACGAAACACACAUUUGGUUUUCGACAACUUUUUCUCCUCCUUGGCUCUCAUGGAAGCUCUUCAUCAUAGAGGUAUUUUAGCAACAGGGACAGUGCGAAUGAAUCGCAAAGGCCUUCCUAAAGAGCUGUGUCCACCAAAACCUAAAACACCUGAAGAACGAAGACUGGCUAAAGAGAAUAAAUUGGAUCCGGGCGAAUUCACAUACCGUUUCUGUCACCCUUGUGCUGUGAUCAAAUGGCAUGACACUAAAGAAGUUUUUGUCCUUACAACUGCAGUUAACCCAACCAAAGUGGAAGUGAUCCAGAGAACUCAAAAGAACGGGCAAAAGAAAGACAUGUAUUGUCCCUCUGCAAUCGCAGAAUAUAGAAGGAGUAUGGGAGGUGUGGACCACUUUGACCACUAUCGAAGCUCGUACUCUAUUGGCCGUAGGUCAAAAAAAUCCUGGUUUCGGAUAUUUUGGUUCUUGUUUGAGAGUGGCAUUAUAAACGCCUACAUUUUAUACAAAUACAAAAUCCAAAUCGUAACAACAUACACCGUGAUUUAAGAUUACGCUUAGCUAGAAGUUUGAAAUCGGCACAUAUCUCAAACAUAAAACAAAAUCCGGUGGUAUACAAAAACAAAAAAGGAGGUGUUUUUGGGGUACCAGACGAAAUAAGAUUGGCGCAAAAAGGAAGUCAUUUUUUAUCAUUGUCUACGUACAAACGAUGCAGGUUUUGUAGCACCAGAAAACAGGAUAAGCGGUCAAAAUACGAAUGCGAAAUUUGUAAAGUAACAUUGUGUGUUACCCCCUGCAUGAAACUGUACCACCAAAGUCAAAAUGUAGCA